AAUUAAACCUCAGACAGCUAAAGGUGAGGCAGGACUAAGGAUGCGGCAGAUGGAGGGGGUCUGGGAUGGAGACCUCUCCCUCUGCAGCCGGGUCCCUCAUGGGGAAUCUCCGGGGACACACCUGUGUUUUUCUCUCAUGGAUGCUCACUCUCUCUGCCUCGACCUCACUGUCAGAUCUCGGUCCAGACCUGGACAGCCCUGGUGUGAAGUCCAGGGCUCAGUGGACACAAAGCCUUUCCUCCAGUAUGACAGUGAUAGAAACAAGGUCAAACAAAACAAGGUCAAACCUUUGGGUCUCCCGGGGCAGGAGGUAAAUGCCACCAAAGCAUAGACAGAAUUGCGCCAAAUGCGGGGAGAAGUGGGGCGAGAGCUCAGGAUGGUCCUGCGUGUCAUCACACUGGACAAAAGGGAGACCAGGGGUAAGUAUGGGAAGGGGGUGGGUAGCUGGAGACACAGUCAGCACGAGAGGGGAAGGAGCAGAGCACGUGCAGGGAAAGAGCUUCGUGUGAAAGAACGGAACACGGUCCAACCUAGAGACCUGGUGGACCUGAUGGGCAGGAGAGGGCAAGUCAUGGACAGAAGAGCACAGGCCUCUAGAUGUGCAGAGACGCACUUGAGCUACGGGGGGGAGGACGGGCUGUGGACAGUCCAGGAUGCUUCUUUGUGUAGGGGCACAGAUCCGCCCCCCCUGCAGGUCAAACUGUGUUGUCAGCGCCGUGAAGCUGAGCGAUGCGCUGGUGCAUCCUUGCAUUUCAGCAUCAGCAGACACACAGCCCCCCCCCUUGCCGUGAUGAGCGUGAACCGGACAGUCAUCGCUCCUGGAGCCACAGGGGUCAAGGAGGAGUGGGAGAACAGCCAGGAACUGGCAGAGUGUUUUAGGAAGGUCUCAAUGGGAGACUGCAGGCACUGGUUUAGAGAAUUCCUAGCACACUGGGAGAACAUGCUGGAUGGAACCAGAGCCCACGGAACCACCAUUAAAUGCCCCAGAUAAUGACCAGUCUGCAUCCAUCCAAUUAAUGGAAUGGAUCAUCUGUUGAUUUUCACCAGCUUCGUCCUAAUUGGCUUCAUUGUCAUGAAACUUAUGAAGAAAUCAGGGACCACAGCAGAGUGAUUUAGUUCAACAAUUUACCUGAUGUUCUAACAGCCGUUCCAUCAUCUGAUGUUUCUUCCCCGGACCAGGAGAAGGUGGAAAUGUUAGACCAACCCUUGGUGGAAAAAACUGACCCUUGAUGACAGUCUGGCUGCUGAUCUAAUAUAUUAUCUUCCACUCAGAGGUGGGCUUACCAAGAAGGUAAAGAACCCCUUGCUUUCCACGGCUGUUAAUGAGCUCUUACGGCCAGAGUUAGGUGGAAAGGAAACGUGUCCAACCACCUUCCUGUACCUUUGGGAGGAGCCUCUCCACUGUAUCUCAUAGGCCUUCCCGUCAAAGGGAGGGUCAGCACCUGAAAUAAAAGAGAGCUCUGUGUGCCCAGUUGUACCGGACCGUUACCUAACACAAUACACAAAACUUCAUUCAGAAUGGACAAAAGACUUACAUAUAAGACCUAAAACUAUAAAAUCUUAGAGGAAAACAUAGGACAAAAGCUUCACGACAUUCGAUUUGGCUAUGAUUUCUUGGACAUGACACCAAAGACAUAGGCAACAAAAGAAGAAAAUAGACAAAUUGAACUUCAUGAAAUUUAAACAUUUUGCACGUGGAAAGGCAGUAUCAAAAGAGUUAAAAGGCAACCCACUGAAAGGGAGGAAAUGUUCGUGAAUCAUAUAUCUGAUAAGGGAUUAAUAUCCAGAAUAUAUGGAAAACUCCUAAAACUCAACAACAAAAACACAAACAACCUGAUUGAGAAAUGGGCAAAAGACUUGAACAAAUAUUUCUCCAAAGAAGAUAUACCGUAGGCACAUGAAAAUUGCUCAACAUCACUAAUCAUUAGGGAAAUAGAAAUCAAAACUACAGUGAGAUUCCCCCCCACACCCAUUAGGAUGGCUUCCAUUAAAAAAAGAGAAAAUAGCAAAAAACGUAACGAGGUUGUGGAGAAAUUGGAAACUUUGUGCAUUUUUUGAUGGGGAUGUAAAAUGAUAUAGCUGCUAUGGAAAACAAUAUGGCAGUUCUUCAAAAAAUUAAAACUAGAAUUGCCAUAUGAUCCAGCGAUUCCACUUCUGGGUAUGUACCCUAAAGAACUGAAAGCAGGGUCUCAAAGAGAUAUCUGUACACCUAUGUUCAUAGCAGCUUUAUUCACAAUAGGUAAAAUGUGGCAGCAACCCAAGCAAGUGUCCACUGAUGGAUGAAUGAAUAAGAAUAAUGUGUUAUGUAGACACAAUGGAAUAUUUUUCAGCCUUAGAAAGAAGAAGAUUCUAAAAAAAAAGAAGAAAAUUCUGACAUGCUACAACAGGGAUGAACCUUGAGGACAUUCUGCGAAGUGAAAUAAGCCAGUCACAAAAAGACAA